AUCCGCCGCACUUUGAUUUCUCCGUCCCCUCUCAUUUUCCUCCUAACUCCCAACGGACUCCUCGAGGUCCCUACUUCCAUCACUCUUAUAUCAUCUUCCUCCUCCAUCUCAGAUCUCUCCGUUCGCCAUUUCAACCUUCUCUCCCUCUCUCUCUUCCUCUUCCUCCAAAAUGCAGUGCUCACUCUCACUCCCCUUCUCUCCCGCCUCCUCCUCUGCCGCCACAUCUUCCAGAUCGCACUCCUCCUUUCCCAUCUCCACCGGCAAGCCUCUCAAUCUCCGCUUCUGCGGUCUCAGGCGCGAGGCGUUAGGUUUAGGUUUCACCACCUCACUCAACCGCCGCUGCCCCCAGCUUCCCAGCCGCCAACACGCCACCACUGUUUCCGCCGCUCUCUCCGACAAUGGCAGCUCUUCCAAAUCGUUCGAUUAUGAUUUGUUGAUCAUUGGUGCUGGUGUUGGUGGCCAUGGCGCUGCGCUUCAUGCUGUUGAGAAGGGUCUGAAAACAGCUGUUGUAGAGGGAGACGUGGUGGGAGGGACAUGUGUGAACAGAGGAUGUGUUCCUUCGAAAGCUCUUUUGGCGGUCAGUGGUCGCAUGCGAGAAUUGAAGAGCGAUCAUCACCUGAAGUCCUUGGGAUUACAGGUUUCUGCUGCUGGGUAUGACAGACAAGCAGUCGCUGAUCAUGCUAACAAUCUUGCAUCUAAAAUCCGGAGUAAUUUGACCAACUCAAUGAAGGCGCUUGGAGUAGACAUACUUACUGGGGUUGGGACUAUAUUGGGUUCCCAAAAGGUGAAAAUUGGCUCUUCAAACAUAGUAACUGCAAAAGAUAUCAUCAUUGCAACUGGUUCUGUUCCUUUCGUUCCUAAGGGUAUUGAAGUUGAUGGGAAGACUGUGAUUACUAGUGACCAUGCACUCAAACUGGAGUCUGUUCCAGAUUGGAUAGCAAUUGUAGGAAGUGGUUAUAUUGGCCUUGAAUUCAGUGAUGUAUAUACAGCACUUGGAAGUGAGGUUACUUUUAUUGAAGCUUUAGAUCAGCUUAUGCCUGGAUUUGAUCCUGAAAUCAGCAAGUUGGCUCAGAGGGUUCUCAUAAAUCCCCGGAAUAUUGACUAUCAUACUGGAGUCUUUGCAACCAAGAUCACUCCUGCAAGGGAUGGAAAACCUGUCUUGAUUGAGCUUAUUGAUGCAAAGACUAAAGAACCGAAGGACACUUUGGAGGUGGAUGCUGCAUUAAUAGCAACUGGCAGGGCUCCUUUCACGCAAGGUCUUGGGCUGGAGAAUAUUGAUGUGGUAACACAGCGUGGUUUUGUUCCGGUGGAUGAGCGCAUGCGAGUAGUUGAUGCAAAUGGCAAGCUGGUUCCUCAUUUGUACUGUAUUGGUGAUGCAAAUGGCAAGAUGAUGCUUGCUCAUGCUGCCAGUGCACAAGGAAUUUCAGUGGUCGAACAAGUCACUGGAAGAGAUCAUGUGCUCAACCAUCUAAGUAUCCCCGCUGCUUGUUUUACUCAUCCUGAAAUCAGCAUGGUUGGAUUGACAGAGCCUCAAGCAAGGGAGAGAGGUGAAAAAGAGGGGUUUGAAGUAAGUGUUGCCAAAACAAGUUUUAAAGCUAACACAAAAGCCCUAGCAGAAAAUGAAGGGGAAGGGAUUGCCAAGUUGAUAUACAGACCUGACAACGGAGAGAUACUAGGAGUUCAUAUUUUUGGUUUGCAUGCAGCAGAUCUCAUCCAUGAAGCAUCCAAUGCAAUAGCAUUAGGGACACGUAUUCAGGAUCUAAAACUUGCAGUUCAUGCACAUCCAACUUUGUCUGAGGUUCUUGAUGAGCUAUUUAAAUCAGCAAAGGUUAAAGAACAAGCUUCUAGCCCAGUAAGUGAACCAGUUGCAGUCUAAUCUUCCCAAAUAAAGUAUAAGUUUUUGAAGAAAUUUGCUUGUAUUAGGAACCUGCAAAAUACUACGCAUCUUCAGGCGGAAGACAUGAGAACAUUCAGAAUCCUGUAAAAGAAGGGAACCGUUUGAGGGAGAUCACCAAUGACGUGAUAAUGGACACCCGCCGGAUAUUACUUGUAUUCAUAUCUUUUUUAUUAGGUAUUUUCAGUGCCUGUCAAAGAUACUUACAUUUAUUAUUGUUGCUUUUCUUUGAACUACUUUUAUUCUAAUUAUAGUCAAUGAGAAGGCCUUGUCAUAGUGGCCUAUUUUUUCAGAGUGCUUCUAGUUUUGCACCCAAUACAUGUGUACUAUUAACAAUUUUCCUUCGAUGAGAUAAUAAAUUAUGCUCUUUAAGA